AUGGCCAUGCGGACGUACUUGGUGUCCUACGCUGUUGCGAUGGGUUCCUUGCUGGCGGGCGCUGCUGUGGUGCACAACGUGUACCGCCCAGACCUGACAAUCCCUGGCUACUCUGAGGAAUCUGAGGCUGAGGGUCAACCACCAGCACUGGGCCCAGCACCAGGAAAUAGCGCUACGGGAGACAGGGUCCCCGAUGCCCCGCUGCCAACCUCAGCUACAGCAGCUAAGGCAGGGCCGUAG